GUGAGUUUGCCAGCUGAGCAAAGGGGAGUGUUUACUCUGUCAGAGCUCAGUCAACUUUCAGAUGAUCCCAGCGUCAGCAACACAAUGCAGAGCAACACCAAACCAACACUGUGAACAUGUCAGGGUAAGUAAACUUCAAAUUUAUACUGUAAAACACAGACAUUUGCAGUAGCUUCCAGUAUGAAUGCGAAGCAGUGUACCAGUCUUGCAGCUACGCUAAGUUAGCAGUAGCAUUAGCACACGACUAAGCUAGUUCAGAUUUGGUCCAGAUUUUUGGGCUUAUUUUAACUAUUUCAUGUUUGGGGAGGACUGCAGCCGACUGGUACACAGUCGUGAAUUUAUCCACAGGGGGAAAGCAAAUAAGGAAGAAGUUCAUGUUUCACAUACACAGUUGAAUGUUAGCGUUUAGCUCGAUGCUACUUCAUGUUCAGUUUGCAACGUUUACUAAGCUGUAGUUACUGAGCAGCCAAGCCAACUGUGACUGUUAGCCGAGGAGUCAGACAAAUAACGAGCGAAAAUUAGCUUUAAUGAAAGUUAGAGGAGUAGACAAGAUAGGCAUUUAUGUCAAGCACCUGACUGUAAAGGUGUAUUAUUAACGUGGAGCUGAAGCACACCUCUUCUUCCUCAUUGACAGGUACUGAUCGUGGGUAAGAGGUGCAGCCAGACCCAUGUAGUCGGUUUGGGUGUGAACAACAGUGGGACACAAUGUCUCUUCUUUUAAUUUCCUGUCUACUUCUUCUUCUUCUUGGCAUUGGGUUGCUAUGUGUCAUUUUCAGGUAAGAAAUGUGCCUCAGAUUUGACAGUAAAGGGUCAUAUUCACUGUUGCUGCCCUGUCCUCAAAUGUUGUUGACCCACCAUCUUAUCUUUCAGUAUAUUUCAGGAAGAGUUCAGCUCUAUCUCUUGAGAUUUCUGUGUUUGUCCUCUCAUUUUAGGUGGCUCAUAUGCACUCUGGCUGUGCGGUUCUUCCAGGCUGCACUGAACGCUGAUCUUAAGAUCAAAUCAGUCGGGCUGUUCUCUGUGCAAGGAGUCAGUAUCCAGUUUCACCCCCUGCAUACACUGGUAAGACAUACUGUGUUUACGUGACAUUCAUGUUAUGAGCUUAUCCAGUGCAGCUGCUGCCAUGUUGUUUUUUCAUAAAUUGAAAAGACUUAGAGCGUACUAUUUUUAAAGAGCUGUACUCUUUCAACUACAGGAAAUUGACAGGAUAUGGAUUUCGAGUAAACUUGUCAACCAGGAUUUGCCGUAAGUCUCCACAAAGUUUUAAUAGGAUAAGAUCCCUCAGCAAUAUAUAUGUGUGUGUAUAUACAGUGCCUUGAAAAAGUAUUCAUACCCCUUGAACUCUCACUGGUAAUGCUCCGUGAGAGGUCAGUGACUUCAAAUACUUGGGUUCCUGGGUGAACUCCACAGAACAGCACCUUAAGGUCAGGAAGGCACUAGCGUGGAGGGCCCUGAACGGUAUGUCAAGAGUGUGGUGCUUGAAUCUCUCCAGACACAUAAAGCUGAGCCUAUUCCGUGCCACUGUGGAGUCCAUCUUCCUGUAUGGCUGCGAAAGCUGGACCCUGACACCCACCCUACAGAAGUCCCCGGAUGGGUGCUACACACGAAUGCUACGAGCUGUUCUGAAUGUGGACCAGAACAUCCACAUUACCAACAAGGACCUGUACGGGCAACUGCAGAGCCUCAGCAAGGAGGUAGCAUUUUGGAGGAUGAGGCUGGCCGGCCACUGCCAUAGACAUCAGGAGCUCCCGGCCAGCAGGCUGGUCCUAUGGGAACCAACACAGGGGCACCGUUUGCAAGGACGUUAGAAGGAUGCAGGAGCUGAAUGCUCUUUGGCUGGCCGGGUGUAUGGGGAAUCGGGAGGAUUGGAAACUACGAUGGAAGCUCGUCUGAGGGCGACUGACAUUUUGUCACUCUACAACCACAAACUUAAAAGUAUUUUAUUGAGAUUUUUUGUCACAGACCAACACAAAGUAGCACAUAAUUGUGAAGUGGAAUGAAAAUGAUACACGGUUUUCAAAAAUUUAAACGGAUAAAAAUCUGAAAAGUGUGGUGUGCAUUUGUAUUCAGCCCCCUUAGUAGUCACCUAAUUGGUCAACAGAGUCCACCUCAAUAAAAUACGUUUAAGUUUGUGGUUGUAGAGUGACAAAUUGUGAAAAAGUUUAAGGGGUAUGAAUACUUUUUAAAGGCACUGUAUGUGUGUAUACUGGGCUCUAUCCUCAAAAACACUCACUGUGUUUUGUGUUUCAGGAGAUACUUGGCAUUGUGUGUCGGGGAAACCAGAGUGAGGUUUGAUUUACAAGCGCCACUCAAACCUUUGGUGAAGAAGAGCCAUGCGAAAAAAUCUGGGAAGAUUUCAGUCAGCCCCACAACACUUCGCUUUCUGUCGCAAGUAUGAAGCUUUUGUGUUUGUACAGCCUUUGUUAGCAUUAGUCAGUAAGUUAGAGAUGACUCACGUCCUGUCUUUUACUUUUAUUAGCUGCUGUCAUUCCACAUCAGCUCCAUCAAUGUGAUGGUACUGAACCUCGCUCUGUCAGAGUCGCUAUGGCACAUGACCAUUUCAGGCAUCACCCUGUUACUCGACCACCAGAGUAAAAGGUAACCGACAUUUAACAUUGAAAUGAUACUAAAAAACACACUGAAUUAGAAUUUUAACAGAGAAGUAAAAGUGUCAGACUCAGAAUCACUUUAUCAUUUUCUAACCUCAAUCACAGGCUGGCGUGGGACUUCUCAGUCGGGCAGCUGAGCAGCAAAGUGCUGAAAAGCAGUCAGUUGGUGGGUUUUCCUACAAUCACUGUCACCGAUUUAGAAUGCUGCGUUUAGUUGUGUGACUGUUGCGCUCUCCAUUUUAGGAUAUUUGUCUGGCUGAAGUGGCCCUGAGCCUGCUGCUGUCUGGAGAUGUGGGCUUACCUGACAUGAAGCCAGGCUGUUUGUCCCUGAAUGUGAGGACGCUCAUAGCAGAGCUGCAUGAAGGAAUAUUUCUCAGCCAACUCAUGCUGCCACCCUCCCCCAAAAAGAGUGUUCAGGAUGCAUCUGGUGAGCAAAAUGGUUAUUUUUCUAUCCAGACAAACCAAGAAUCAAGCAUUGUUGUUACCCCUUCUCUUUGUCCCUGGUCGGCUUUGACCUCAACAUUACACAGUCAUUCCUUAUUUUUCUGAAACGUUUUCAAAUCACUUCCUCUUUUGUGUGUGUCAUAGUUUCUAAUGGGACAUGAUGCGUCAUCCAGAGCAAAUGUCAUGUGGGAUUUCAGAAGAUUUCAAAUAUAUCAGAUUUUGUUGUUAAAAUGAAACCAGACAAUCCAAGAGCAGCUUGCCUCACUCUUACCGUAAUCAAAAUGUCUUAACUCCUAGAUAUCCAAAAACCAAACGUCAACCAUGGCCUUGUGAUAUUUUUAGCUUGACUUCUAUCCAGCCAGAAAAAUGGGACAAGGUCACAUUACAGCUUUGACCUCAGGGGGUUUAAAAAAUGAAUACACAAGUUAUAACCUCUCCAGUUACAUUAAGUUGUGCAUUUAUUUAAAAAAGUGACAAAACAUGAGUUGGAUCUGUUCAACAAUCAGUAAAAAAAAACUAUUAUUUUAACUUUAGGAGUAGUUUUUCUUGUUAAUUUUUAAACAGAUUUGCUGGGUGAAUAUUCUCUAAAUCCCAAACUCACUAAAAUUAGAAGAGAGGAUGAAACACCAGCUCACAAAUGUGAUAUCCUAAUUUUCUAAAUGUUGCAUAAUUCUCUUUCCUUUCAGAGUCUAAAACUGAGUUCAUCCAGACUGAGACUGUCGAACAGUUUCAUCGGCUGAUCCCUCACAAGGUCAAUGUGGAAUUUGAUAACACGAAUGUAACCCUGUCCAUGCACAGUCAGAAAAGGUGAGUCAGCAUUUAACCACUUGUCCAGAGUUUUUUGGUUCGCACAAUCCGAUCCCCAUAUUGAAUGACUCAUCGAUUCAAACACUGUGCGGCUCUGUGUCCUGACCGUGCAGACACCUGAACUGGACCCUGAAGUCGCUAAAGGUCUGCUAUGGACGCGAUGAUGAGCAGCUCCCUCUUAAAAGCUUCACUCCUGAGCUGAGCUUUCCCCAGAGCAGCCUGGAGCUCCAACUGGAGGGUGAGUGGACAGCUGGGUGCCAGACACACCGCCUGGCGAUGGAGAGAGAGGAAUAAAAAGGAAUAACACAUUCUUAUUUUUCUUUCAUAUUUCAUUGUCAGAUGGACUUCUCCUCUCACAAAGUAGGCAAAGAAUCCUUUGUGUGAACACGCUGAAAACAACCUUGCAGGUUAGGAAGACUCCUCAUGAUCUCAUCGUAGGAAAAUGACUCAUUUUUGACAUUGUGAGUCACACAUUAUUUCUGCAUUUAGGUUACAUCGAUCGACAUCUCAGGAUCGCUUACGGUCAACACUUGCAUCAUCCACUACCGUCACCAAGAGUUCUCACACUGGCUAAACCUAUUUCCAUGGGAACAGCUCAUCCACAGAAAGGCAGCAAAUCGAAAAAGGCAAGUUACUGAAGCAAGAAGUUCAGAUUACCGUGUUUUUUAUUAACACACACGUUGAAGAAGUAACCCCACAGUCUGCCUCUGAUAAGACACCACUCCUCUAACAGUCUAACACUUCUUACUAUCUUCUCUUUCUUAUCCAUGUUUGUGUUCGCUCAUCACUCAUUCCGUGUCGUUCCAUUGCCUUAUCACGUUGUAGUCCAUUAGAUUAUUUGCCCCACCUCCUUCCCCGCAGGCGCCUCCCUCACCUGGACGCCCCUGUGAUGAUCACCUCCUCCAUUUCAAACGUCAAUGUGUCGGUUCAGCUGGGUGACACAACGCCUUUUGCUCUUGGCUUCCUCUCUGCCAGCGCAGGUACUUCUGUCACAUACACACACACUCACACGCACAGAGGCAGGUGAAUGUCAUAUGAUGCAAAAUGAGCGCAUUUUUGGGUUUAAAGUUUAACCUCAACACCCUGGGUUGGGCAAGAGUAUUUAGUAAUUCAUAGAAGUCGUGUUGCACAACACAAAUUGUCCUUUUGUAACUCUUUUUGGUCUGUGAUCUAAAGAGAGAGCUUUUGUGUCAACAUGCCAAACUAGAUAAGUGAUUUUCUUUUGUUAAAGAGUCUUUGAAAUGUUAAACAUUAACUUGAAUCCAUUGUCUUCAUAGCGGCUUUUCAUGGCUUUCCUUUGAUAACAAUUGAAGAUAUCAUAACAUAAAUGUUUUUCUUGAAAUUAAAUGUUUAAUUAUAACUUUUACUCCCACUAUCUGUAGAACUGCAGCAUCUUCUCGACUUCAAAGUUGACGCUGAGUGUGCAGAGUCCCAGAAUGUGCACCAGAGAGCUGGGCUGGCCCUCGACAACUUCUGGUGGAGGGUGGGUCAGGGCUCUCAUAUCCAGCAAGCGCCCCACCCUCCUGGUAAACAUGUCUGGGGAGAAGCGCUAAUUUUGGACUCGCUCACUCUUCAGGUAAUCACUUAGAAGUGCUUUCAAACGUUCUUAAUUUCAUAGACAAUAAAGUUUUUGAACCAACUCUUCUUGAAACAUUGUGAUUGUUUUCCCAUAUUUAGUCCCUUUCUUGUAUCGCACUUUUAUCCAUCCAGGGGAGUUACAACAGACCCCACCUCGAGCCGAGCAGCCAGUCUCCGAGUCUGAGCGUGGAGUCCAGUCUGAAAGGGCUUCAAGUGGAGCUGUCAGAGACCUGUGCACUGUGCCUGUCUCGCCUGCUGUCCCUCAUCUGCUUUCCUCGUGACAAAAAGCUGUCAGAUGUGGCCUCAGUGUCUCCCCCUGGUGACGACACUGUCCAGCUAGUCCCCUCCUCACAGCUUCACCUACUUUUCAAACUGGACUGUUGUCUGGAAGAUGUUAAUGUGUUCACUCUUUCUAAUCUGGCGGGUGAGUUUUUUUUCAAGCUUUGUAAAAAUGUCCUGCGAUGGAAAACUAGUUGCCAUGCAUCUUCACUUUUAUGUCCUUUUUCUGUUUUUAGGAGCUGUGUCUUUACGGAUGGACGCUGUGAGAGUCCUCAGCUCAGCAGAGAGCUCCACAGUGUCUCUUUACGGCGUCAGCUUAUCUGUGAUCAAAACCGUCACCGAGAACAUGGAGUUAUGUCGCCCUGCUUCACAGAGCCAGAAUUCUUUGCUCAAACUCACCACGGUAGCCUUUUCUUACCACAUCACCACCCACACCUUACAGGUAAUCAGUUCCCUCAGUCGACUGUAACACAACACAAUACUGUGUCAAUAUGGAUGUAAAUGUAAUGUUUUGUUUAAUCUAUCAGAUUCAAUGUGAAGAGGAGCUCAUGGUUGACUGGACGCCUCCAGACCACAUGGUGUUAUAUCAGCACAUGACUGAAGCUCAGGCGUGUUGGCGAAUGCUUUAUGGAGAGAGAGCAGAAGAGAGUCCAGUCACGCCCACAGAGACUGAGACCGUUCCAGGCCACAGUAGAAGUCUGUGUGUGCGGGUUGAGCUGGGCUACACUCGUCUGACAGCCCAUGUUAGCGAAGAAAACUACAUUCUCCUGCUCACAGAAGCUCUUACGCUCUCCAAGCACGCCGCCUCCACGCAUAUACGCUCUCCCUCCGUGAUCUUCAACUUCGACGGCAACGACAUCGUCUCCUUCAAAAGUCUGGAUGUAGAAAUGCACGCGGAGCUGACUGAGAUGCAGUUGCACAGAGACACUUUCCCCUUCCUCACCACUCCUCACAACAGAGUCUGGGUCCUCACGUGUCCCUCUAUGGCGGUCGAGUUCCCCUACCAGUACAAUUUCUCAAACACCUUUGACAUGGCCAUCAGCGUGCAAAAGUGGUUGAAGACCCUGCAUCGACCCCAGAGCCAGGAUACUACAGACCAGCACCUACCUCCUGACCUGGUGUUCAAAAUCAGCCAGUUCUCCUUCGUCUUCCUGGAUGACAUCUUUGAAAUCAAGCUGAGAGACAACUACGAGCUGAUGAAGGACGAGAGUAAGGAAAGUGCAAAGCGCCUUCAGCUCCUGGAUAAAAAGGUGGCAGAUUUGCGGAAGCAGCACGGAGAGCUUCUCCCAGCCCGGAAGAUCGAAGAGCUGUAUAGUUCGCUGGAGAAAAAGCACAUUGAGAUCUACAUUCAGCGUUCUCGCCGCCUUUACGCCAACACGCCCAUGAGGAAGUCUCUGCUGACCUGGACGGUGUCUGAUCUGGAGUUUGUGGCCCUGGCUGAUCAGUCUCUUCAUGGGCCGGAGAGGGUGAGAGAGCAGCUGAGGGACAUCGAUGCAGUCAGUCCCUUCCCCAGAGAGGGGCUCCCUCUGGUGGUUCAGUGGUGCCGUGCCGUCAAAUUCAAACUGACUGCUUUUUUGGGUAAAUUGAUAAAGAUUUAUUUGCAGACAAGAGUGAAUAUAUUUACAAAAAUAGGUAACACCUCUCCCUUUUUUCCUGCGUUGUCAGUGAGAAUUCGAGAUUAUCCUCGCUACCUGUUUGAGAUCCGUGACUGGGAGCUGUCGGGGCGUCUGAUUGGGACGGAGCAGGAUGGUCAGGCCAGGGCUCACCGCAAAGAGACCGUCCCUUUGGGUCCACCGUGGGGAGACGUGAUGGUUCACAGGAAUAUGCCGCCACUCAAGUUCUACUAUGAUUUUAAAUGUGAGUUAUAAGAAAGUUAUUCCCUACAGGUCUGCCAGUUAAAACUUCAACUGCUUUUUCCAGAGGUAGAGAGGCCAUACUUGUGCAGUUUGAUGUUUAAAUUACAAUAACUGUGAUGCCACCUAAAGAUGUUAUUUGUCAUCCUCAUCAUCUCUCCCUGCAGCAAACAUCUCCCUGUACACCAUCGUGUGGGGGCCAUGUUGGGACCCUGCCUGGACUCUGAUUGGCCAGUCUGUUGACCUGCUGACCAAACCCACAGUCGACCCCUCACCUCCCCUGGCCUGGUGGGACAAGAGCCGUCUGGUUCUUCAUGGGCGCUGGGUGAUGGACAUCGAGCAGGCCAAUCUUCAUCAGCUGGCCACAGAGGUGCAGAAAAUGUUCACAGACCCUCUCCUGUAAAUCUUGGCUCAAAGAUCUUCACCACAGAUUUGAAGACAUUCCUAAGUGGCUGCUUAUUUUGGAACAUAUGUUCAACCUAUUACAGUAGUUCCAUCGUAGGUCCACUUUUAUGAUGCUUUUGAUGCCAAGGAUCAGAAAUUUCCAUUCACUCAUAUGUGUCAGCAUUGAGGCCAUGCACGGUGUUACUGCUGUGAUGUGAAUUUUAUAUGAGAUUCUGAAUCUUGCAUUUCUCCAGGACCCUUACAACACCACAGAAAACAUGCACUGGGAGUGGAGUAAGCUGAACUUUGACUGGAACCCGGGGCAGUUUGUUUUCAAAGGAGAUUUGGACGUUAAUGUCAGGACAGCAUCAAAGUAAGAGGCUUCAGAGAUGAGGAGAGGGAUUCACUCUGUUUCUGUAGACAACUGUCUCUAACACAAACGCCUUUUCUCUUCACCAGGUAUGAUGAUAUCUGUUUUCUUCACCUGCCCAACCUGUGUAUGACCCUUGACCUUCAGUGGCUUUGCCAUGGCAACCCCCAUGACCAUCACGCUGUAAUGCUCUGCUGUGCGGAAAGCAUUGCAGACGUGACCUCAGGACAACCUCACGACUCCUACAGGGCGUUCCGCUCUGAGAACCUCAACCUCUCCAUCACCAUGGACCUUAACCAACACUGUGGCUCAGGUAUGUGCAGCUCUGUUAGAUAUUCAGUCCAGAUAAACCCACCCUGAAGUGAAAACCAGCUUUACAUGUUGAUUCUGUUCUCAGUAAUUUAAUUGGGUUUUUCUUUGUAGAAGCCUCCCAGCCUCGAAUCCUGCUGUACAGCAGCACUCUACGCUGGAUGCAGAACUUUUGGGCCACCUGGACGGGUGUUUCUCGUCCGAUCUGCAGAGGCAAGCUGUUCCACAGCCUCAGGCCUGUACGCAAGAAGCUGGGUCAGCACUACAAACAGAUGUCCUACACAGCUGCCUUCCCACAACUACAAGUGAGGGUUUUUCUGAGCUGCCAACCAGCAACAGUCUACACAGAAACCUGUCCUGUGUAUACCAUUACUUAUACGUUUGUGUUUCUGUUAGGUGCAUUACUGGGCCUCCUUUGCCCAACAAAGAGGCAUCCAAGUGGAGUGCAACAAAGGGCACGUCUUCACCCGAGGGGCACAGAGACUUAUUCCACAAGGUACAUGGAUAAACAAGAAAAUAAAUUAUAUGUACACUUGAGUUGCAGUAAUUUUCAUGUAAAUACAUAUGUGUGUUUUUAUUGUCUCUUAGCUGGCACUGUGAUGAGGAGGUUGAUCUCUGAGUGGAACGUGACUCAGAUGGUAAGCGAGCUCUCUCAGGUGACGGUUCAUCUGAUGGCCUCCACCUGGGACGAGACAGCCGACCACCAGAUCAACGCCCAGGUGAAGAAGACUCACCUGCUCAGCUUGUCCUCUCUGAGCUAUCAGCGGCAGAGCAACCGCAUGGAGGAGGUAGCGCCCUGGAGAUUACUAGAGUUUUAGCAUGUUUUGACUUCUGCUGCGUUUGUAAUUGAGCUGUUUUUUAAAAUGCAUCUGACAGGAGGUGAACCAGCAGGACGAGACCAACGCCUCUUAUACUCACAAACUGCGGCUAGUCGACCUGCGCGCUUCUUGGACCACCACCAACAGGAACAUAGCCUUUGGGCUGUAUGAUGGUUAUAAAAAGGCGUCUGUACUAAAGAGAAACCUCUCCACCGAAGCUCUGAAGGGUCUCAGGAUCGACACACAGCUGCAGGCCAAGAAGCUCAAACGCUCUCCCUCUAACUACUCUCCCACUACAGCCCCGACCACGCCAGUGAUGCCCACUGUCAACAGAGCGGAAAAGAGUCAGAAUGAAGGUGAGGAAAUGGUUCACAGAAGAAAAAGAGAACAGAUAAGACUCUGGAAACCCUCUGACCUCCAUAUUCUUCACUUUACAGGAACAUCAAUGCUCCAGAAACUGAUUGAGGAAACGGACAAGUUUGUGGUGUUUUCUGAGGAGGAUUCUGGAGUCAGCGAUCAGCUCUGUGGUAUCGCAGCCUGUCAGACUGAUGAUGUCUACAACCGCAACUGGUUUAUCGAGUUGGUCAACUGUCAGGUGGGUUGAUAUCCGAAUUUUUAUUUGUUUUGUAUUUAGUUUCCUGAGGAGUGAAUGUAAUUUCUCUUUCAUUCUUGUUGUCCCUGCUCCUUCCAGAUGAUGUUGCGUGGCACUGAGACAGCAGGCUGUGUGUUAGUCUCUGCAGCGAAGGCUCAGCUGCUUCAGUGCGAGCACCAUCCAUCCUGGUAUAACGACACCCUGAAGCAGAAAACCACCUGGACCUGUUUGCUGGAUGGCAUGCAGUACUUUGCUACCAUGGAGCCUAACCCAUCAGAGCAGGAGGACAGGCAGCUGUGGCUGGAGGUUCGAACACUGAUCUGGUUUUAGUCCAUGAUUUUUUAGAUUAAAAAGCAGCAACGUUUUACAGUAAAUUACUGGUUGUGGGAAGUUGUUGUUUCUCCUUCUCUGACUUACUUUUGAUUGAUUCUUUGUGAUGCAUUCAGGUGAAAAACAUAGAGGAGCACAGGCAGCGUAACCUGGACUCUGUGCUGGAGCUGAUGGAGAGCGGCCAGGCUGUGGGAGGAAUGGUUAGCACCACGACUGGUAAGUUACUUUACAAAUACAGGAUUGUACUUGGACAUGGCACAAUCCCUCAUUUUACACACACAAGAAAAACAACAUAAUGAUGCUGUGUUUCUUGCUUUUUACUCGAGGAGGUAAUCAGAUUAACUGGGUAUCCCAUAAAUGAUCUGUACUACAUGAAGUUCUCUGUGUCUGUAGAUUGGAACCAGCCCGCUCAGGUGAACGAGGCACAGCAGGUUCAGCGAAUCAUCUCACGUUGUAGCUGCCGGAUGCACUACAUCAGCUACAGCCAUGACAUCAACCCGGAGCUGGCCACACAGAUCAAACCGCCAGAGCUGAGGAAUAACCACGAGAAAGAGGAUCUGCUGAAAAAACAGGCUGGUAUGUCUGGACGCUAAUACGCUGCAGAGAAGAAUCAACAUGGAGACUAUUUGGGUUGUGCAGCAAAGUCAUCAUACAUGAAUUUAAGAUUCCUGAUUGUGUUGAUGUAACAGGAGCUGUGGACACUUUCACCCUGAUCCACCAUGACCUUGAGAUCUCCACUAACCCUGUGCAGUACGCCAUGAUCCUGGACAUCGUCAACAACCUGCUGUUACACGUAGAGCCCAGGCGCAAGGUUGGCUCAAGAAUCAGUUGCUCCAGUGACCUUUUUGUCUCAUUCUGUAUCCUUUCUAAAAUCUCCUCGCACUCAUUGUGUCCACAGGAGCACAGUGAAAAAAAGCAGCGUGUUCGUUUCCAGCUGGAAAUUUCUAGUAACCCUGAGGAGCAGCGAAGCAGCAUCUUGCACCUCCAGGAGGCGGUCAGGCAGCACCUUGCACUGAUUCGACGUCUGGAGAAACAGAUUUACUCCAACAUCAGGGUGAGUCACAGACUGAGUCAUCGGUCUGAUCAAUUUCUGUGCCCUAUAGUAACCAUGGCAACUUUGGAUCCAGCUCGUCAGAAAUCGAAUGUAUAAAAAAUACAUGUCCAAUCAGUUUUAGUGGAGGAUAAGUGCUUUUUGAGAGCUAAGAAGAUUGUGCACAAUUAGAAAGAAUAGAUCUAAAGUUACACCAGUUUUUUCCUCUUUUGAUUGACCUGUGCUGGUCUGAUUUGAUUCGGUCGGAGCUCAUCACCAAAUCAGCAGACCAGCUGUAAAUCUUUAAACAUGUGCCCCCUUUAUAACCUUGCAGGCACUACCUGAGGAAUUCAGUGGAGACGAACUGAUGGAGAUCAACACCAGACUGCAGAACCAGCUGAACCAGGAGAAGAACGACAUGCAGAUGAAGAGUGAAGAGCUCAAUAUCCUCAUCAGGUCUCCCAUAAAGUCUCACUUUCAUUUUAAACCAAGAGUACGUGACAUGCAGGUCAUGAGGUGUCAUAUUUUCUUCCAUUUCAGAUGUUUUAAGGACUUCCAGCUGCAACGUGCCAACAAACUGGAGCUGCGUAAGCCUCCGGAGGAUGUGAGUGUGGUGAGGAGAACAGAGAUCUACUUUGCUCAGGCCCGCUGGUGUUUGACUGAAGAGGAUGGCCAGCUCGGGAUUGCAGAGCUGGAGCUGCAGAGAUUCAUGUACAGUAAGGUGAGCUAUAAGUGUACUGGAGUUUAAAACCAGCAGAUGUGCUCUUUAGCCCUAAUAGAAACAUAGAUGUCCUGCUGAAUCAUCUGACCUCUCAUAUAUCAUAAAAAUCUCUCUAUAGCGAAAUUAUAUGAGGAAGCAAAAUUAAGCUUACUUUGAUAGGAAAUUCAACUUUCUGUUCUUGAGUUGUAGGUAGAAUUUUAACAAACAAAAACACAACUUCUAAUUGCACUUAAACUUUCCUAACUCUGAUAACUGCUGGAUGAAAAAUGUUGAUUCAGAACUUUUCUUCUCACAGCUGAACAAGUCUGAUGACACAGCAGAGCAUUUGUUGGAGCUGGGCUGGUUCACGAUGAACAAUCUGCUGCCCAAUGCUGCAUACAAGGUAUGUUUGACAUUAAUUGUUCACUUUAUUUCUUGAUUUCGGUGACCGAAAUGAAAGGAAACAUUAAGUUAUGAGACUUUGUUUUUAUUUUAGCCUCAUUAUUAUUCUACAUGAUGUGUUAAGAACUGUUUUAUGUUGCUAAAUAUUCUUGGAGAAGUUGUAAAUUUAACCCAAUAAUGUGCCUGAUCUGCCUGGUUUCCUCUGUGCAGCGUGUGAGGGUAUGUACAGUACUGCUGCAGUUACAAAACUUGAUGUCUGCAUUUGAACUCCAUCCUGUUUGUCCCAGUGGGAUCAUUUAUCACCUGUUACAGAUUUCAUAUCCAGUGUUGCACGUACACUCAAAGUCUCGUUGAUGCAUGAGUGACCAAAGACUCAUUACAAGUUCCUCUAAAAGACCAGUGUGUAGGAUUUGGUAGACUAAACAACAGAGGAUGGCUCUCUUCCAAGACACAUGGAGAUCCAGCUUCCCUUACGGAUAUUAAAUGUCAAUUCAAAGAUAUAAAAACUGAUUUCUUCUUCUUCUUUAGGUGGUGAUACAACAUUAGAAACAUUCUCUGUCUGUUAGAUUCUCAAUAAUCUUACACACUGGUCCCUUUUGUCGUCAUACUGUCAUCAUACCAUCAAAGAUGAAAUCCACAUUUGUAUCAUAACUGUCUGAUAAAAUUCUGGUCAUUUACGAGUCUUUUUCUGCAGGUUGUCCUUCGUCCUCAGAGUGCAUGUCAGUCCGGACGCCAGUUUGCUCUGCGUAUCUUUAGUAAAGUGCGCCCCCCAGUGGGAGGAAUCUCCGUGAAGGAACAUUUUGAGGUAAAGAUCCUCACAAGCGGCCACAUUAACCUCACGUUUUCACACGUUUGGAUCGAGACUUCAUGUUUGUUUUUUUGCUCCCCAGGUGAACGUGGUGCCUCUCACCAUCCAGCUGAUGUACCAGUUCUUCAAGAGGAUGAUGGGAUUCUUCUUCCCCGGCAGAAACGUUGAGGAGGAGGAGGUCACUGAUGAGGAGGACAAGUUCAGACUGGUUACUACAGGUGUGUUUUUAUCAACAAUGGCUCUUCAGUGUGUACUCUAUAUGAAUCGAAAAAUCAAUUAUCGUUUCAACUUUCUCCUGUGGACGUGGGAGAGUGUGUGUCAUAUCAUAUCACCCAUUACUGUGUUAUAUCAUCCGUCUGAGCUCUCUGGCUUUGUGUGUGACCUUGAGCUCGUGUGUGUACAUGUAUGUGUGUGAGGAGACUCAGUGGGAGUAUAAAGUGUUGAGUAUAGAGUCACCCAGAGGCCACAGUGAUGAUGUGCUCUGUGUCACAGGUAUCCCUGUCAAGCCUCGGCAGUCAUCAGAGGACACCAUGGGCGCUAUGGGCCCCAGCAAAGGUGUCCAAGGGCUGAACCGCACCGCCGGGGUCAGGAGGUCGUUCAGGAAAGCCCCAGAGGUAUUCCGACUUCAGAUUUUUUUGUGCUCAGGUGUUAAAAUAGCAAAGUGGGAGUGUCAUUUUGUUUGUUUUUGUCGUGUCCUCCCAGCAUCCUGUUGACGACAUCGAUAAAAUGAAGGAGCGAGCUGCUAUGAACAACUCCUUCAUCUACAUCAAGAUUCCUCAAGUGCCCCUUUGUGUCAGCUAUAAGGUGGGUUCUGAAGCACCAUAUUUACAGUCACAUUGGCUUCAGCCCCUGGUUAAUAUCAUCUACUGUGAGACUGAGUAAAAACUCAAAAGGGGAAUAUUGUUUUCUGAUAUCGGGUAACAAUGUUCCUCUGACCCCGUAUAACCUUUUUUCACUCGAUCUGCUGUUGUAUUUGGACUCAACUCAACUCAACUUUAUUUGUAAAGCACUUUCAAACAACCACAGCUGAACAACGUGCUGUGCAUAAAUAGACAAAACAACGCAGACAUAAAAAACAAUUAAAACAAUAGAUAAAAUAAAAGCAGAUAUUAUAAAUUAAAAUAUUGUUUCUAUGACUUUUUUUUUCAGGGAGAGAAAAGCAGUGUGGACUGGAAGGAUCUGAACCUAGUCCUGCCCUGUUUGGAGUAUCACAACAACACCUGGACCUGGCUGGACUUUGCCAUGGCUGUGAAAAGGGACAGUAGGAAAGCACUUGUAGCACAAGUACGUAAAAAACGCAUGACUUUGACUCCUUUGUUUCCCAAAAAUCCAAAACUCUCAUGAUGUUUUGCAGAAUCAAAACACCUUGUGGUACAGUGAUAGUAAUACCUACUUUUAUUUUGUGACAAAUAUAAUAUUUUAACUGUUGGACCAAGAGCAGAAACAACAUAAAUUUGCUCCUAAAUAGAGUCUCUGUAUUUCUGAUGUUCCUCAGAUGAUAAAGGAGAAGCUGCGUCUGAAGCCGGCCUCAGGCUCAGAUCUGCGGGGGAAGACGUCUGAGGGGAAGUCAGACAACAGCCUACAGCAGCAGGAGGAGGAUGAGAAAGCACGGCUCCUCAUAGGCCUCAGCACGGCCGACAAGAGCUCAAGCAAGAAGAGCAUCUUCAGCCGACGCAAGUAAAAGAAAAAAAAAGAUUUAGAGAGAAAAACGUUCACACUGUAAGAAGCUGCCUGGAUCGGCUCCAGCCGCGGCGACACCCCCUCAGCACAAAGAUCAGGGGGCAGUUUGUAAAUCUCAUUGGAAAAGAGGGAUUGUUGAACAUUUCAGAUAGUUUUGGAGCAUUCUUUACUGUAUCGUGAGCCUGCUGAAUUUAAAAACAUAUUCUGGGGUUUUUGUUUUUAAAAAUGUUCUUGAUGUCUCACUCUUAAGUACCUUAAACAGCCCCACGAUUACCAGGGUGCCAUUUUUGACCAAAUAUAAUUAAAUAUAGCCUAUUUGUGUGCCAUUUCAAUUUCACUCCACAACUUUCAGAAUAAUGACCACUUCUGUUGCUUUGAAUGUAGCGAGGAAGAUUGACAGUGUGUAGCGAGCCCUUCACUGUCACCGUUUCCUCUGCUUCUACACAUUAAGACUGACGGCGCCUUUUCCUGCUGGCUCAGGAACGCCGUGCAUCACACCUGUAAAAGUCUACAUCACAUAAGACCGUUAAAGCACCUUCAACGCUUUCAGAUGCCAUAAUAGAUAAAUUAGAUCUGUUUUAAUAGUUUGAUAAAAGGCUGUAUGACUGUCUGUUUGACAGGAAGGCCUUUCCCGCUCAUGAUGCUAUUUUAUAUUUUACCUGGAAAUGCCUGUCUGCGUUCCUCAGCUCGCUGAGUGACUGAAUCUCACCCCAGUGCAAUAUAUCAAGAACAGAGCAACAGAGACAUGUUCAUUCAGUGUUUGUGGCAAAAUAUGCAGCUAACAGCAGAGUGUAUGUUUUGUAAUUUUAAUACUAAAGCACUUUUUUAUGCAAAGUAUUUUGAUAUUUUUGUAACCACGGUUCUCUUCCGUUAAUUCCUUGUGUAACUGUGCCGCUCAGCCUGUUAUUUCAGUCUCAUUUCUAUCAAGAAGGAGAAGAAGAAAAGGCCCUCAACGUUUCAAUUAGACGGAUCAUAUCACAAAAAGAGCAUCUAUUGACAUCUCUAUCAGCUUUGUGUCUUAUUGUUUAUGUGUCAAUAAAAGUGUAAGUCUCAGCUUUGAGUUGGUGUUUGUGCAGAAUAGAAAAUAAAGAGGCUCGGUCUGUGAGUAAGAGAAAA